AUGCAUGAAUGCGUACGCUGGAAUCAUUAAGUAUUCACAAGGACUAUUUAUGAAUGUUAAUGAGCCGACUGUGAAUUAUUUCAGAGUUAUUCAAAAUACGAAUGCAAUAUUGCGUUUCUCUCCGAAUUGCGACUUUGAAAUAAUAUAGAAAAGUUCUAAUACGAACCUUUACGAUGGAACCUACAGUCUACGUUACCUUGAAAAACGAUACCAGUAGACACCCACUGAAUUCCACAACUGUUCAGUGCACAAUCGAGCCUCUAUCCCGUGCAUACACGUGUCCUUACGCCUCAUUCGAUUUUUGCCCUAUAAUUCGAAGCAACAAACAUAAAGCCUCGCGUAAUUGCCUCGCAGUUACAUGAGAGAGAGAGAGAGAGAAAAAAAAGAGUUUCCAAACGCCUAUCGAUCAGCCAAGGCUGCAUAAAAAAAUCCUAUUACAGCAGUCGUAUGCAAUGUCUCUAUUUUUUCAAACAACGAUUUGUCAUACGAACUGGAGAGAAAAAAAUGCAGGCAAACCAAUAAAGCCGGCCGUUGCGUCGCCGACUGCAGGUACGCGUCAGUAGUUACUAGUCACUCGGCGAAAUCAAAUUCGAAUUUUCGAAAAUGAACGCGACGGCAAAACCGACAUAUCGGGUGAUAACCAUCCCCAAACCGCCCUUCGUCAUCUACGAUCCCGACAGCAAUUGGUACGGCGGUUUUCUGGUCGACCUGCUCAAUGAAAUCGCCAGGAGGUUGAACUUUCGGUAUGAAAUCGAGAUGCAGAACGAGUCGGAGUACGGAUUCAUGGACGACCAGGGGAACUGGAACGGUUUGAUGAGGGACUUGAAGGAGGGAAAGGCGGACAUCGGUUUGGCGGCCGUUAGCGUCAUGUCCGAGAGGAUGAAGGUCGUGGACUUUACCGAACCGAUUUACAAGCCUACCGGGAUAUCGGUACUCAUGCAGAAGCCGAUUCCGAAGACUGAUUUUUACAGAUUUCUGACGGUCCUGGAACUGGACGUCUGGCUCUGCAUAAUCGGCGCCUACAUCUUCACGAGCCUCUUGCUCUGGAUCUUCGACACCUGGUCCCCCUACAGCUAUCGGAACUGCAAAGCAAAGUACAAGGACGACACGGAGAAGCGCAUCUUCGGCUGCAAGGAGUCGCUUUGGUUCUGCCUGACGUCCCUGACGCCUCAGGGUGGCGGCGAGGCCCCGAAGAAUCUCUCGGGACGUCUGGUCGCUGCUACCUGGUGGCUCUUCGGAUUCAUCAUCAUCGCCUCGUACACGGCCAAUUUGGCGGCUUUCCUGACCAUCUCCAAGUUCGAGAAGACCAUCGAGACCUUCGACGAUCUCAUUUCGCAGUACAAGUACUCCUACACGUGCAUCCAGAACUCGUCGACCAAUAGGUACUUCCAGAGGAUGAACGACAUCGAAUACGUGUGCUAUGAAAAAUGGAAGGACAUGACACUGAACGACAGCCUGUCGCCCUACGAGAGAGCCCAACUAGCCGUGUGGGAGUACCCGCUGAGCGACAAGUUCAUCAAGAUCUACUCCGCCAUAUCCCACCACGGAAUGGUCGCAAGUCUGCAAGACGGCCUCGACAAGUUCAACAGCACCGACUCCAGAUUCGCCCUGAUCACCGAAGCGUCGGAUGUCCAGUACCAGGCCAUGAUCGACUGCAGCGUCAAGGAGAUCGGUCCGGAGUUUUCGAAGAAACCCUACGCCAUAGUGCUCCAGAAGAACUCGCCCCUUACCAAACAGUUCAACCGAAUUAUUUACAACAUGAAAAACGACAACUGGCUCGAGGCUCUGACCGACAAGUGGUGGAAGUACAACCCGCUGCGCCAGAGAUGCCACGACAAGGACGAAAUGACCAACGGGAUAAUAUUCGAGAACAUCGGCGGUGUUUUCGUCCUCAUCGGCGUCGGCAUUCUCUCAGCCUUCUCGACUCUCGUCUACGAGUACUUUUACUUCAAAUGCCUGCAAGACAAGUUCGAGAGGAUUUUCGAGCACAAGUUGAAAUCGAUAUUCCGCAGGCAGAAGAAUUUCGCUCGGAGUAUCAGUGUGAAACCGUAAUUUUCGAUUUCAUAUAUUUCAUAUAUUGUAUGUACACACGCGUUUACGAUAUGCGUUUGUAUUGCUGGCGAAGAGUGAAUUAAUAAAUAAACGGCUUUGCUUAGUCUGCAUUAACUUUAUUUCAUCAUUAUUUCCAUCUUUUACAUUCCAUUGAAUUUUUACAUUUUCGUCGUGGUAAGAAAAAUUUACAUCGUUUUUGAUAAUUUCUUUUACAUUUCGGCUAUCUUUCGCAAAAACAAAAGGGUUCAAAAAUGCACUUCGACAACAAAGGACAUGUAUAUCUAAAUCGUUCGUUUUCUCUUUUCUACCCCGCCGACUAUUACCAAUAUUGAUUUCUCGAUAUACGUGUACCGAAAUUUAUAGCCGAGACAGUAUUAGUUUAUUUUUAUUUUCUUCGUAAAACAGGAUGAAACAAAAGGAAAUUGAACUUUGGCAGAUUCUACAAUGCGGCACAGAUUCAACGUCCGUUACUAUCUGUGUGAAAAAUAAAAGUGUUACUCUCGAGCGAUUUUUUGGCUUUAAAAUUACGAUCGAUUUAAGA